CUGGUGGGCCAAAUCAAAUGGCUUGGCGGGCCGCCCCACUUUGRGCACMUCUGGUUUAAACUGAGAACAUUGCAAAAGCUACAACAGGUAAGAUAUUAACUGUUCAUAACCUCACAAAGAUAGUGGCAGUUUGUGCAAACCAAAUAUUAACGCUCCUGGGGAGACAAAGGGGCUCCACGUAAAUGCUGCAGGGGCCAAACUUUAUGAGUUUCUAAGUCAGCAGGUGGUAAAUAUGUUUGAAAGAUUUUGUGUUCCCUUUUCUCCAUUAAACACUCCUCGCCGUGUCCUUUAUGCUGAUCCAGCUGCUGCCGCCGCGCGUAAAUGGAAAGCUUUUACCCACCGCGGGUGUUCGCUCCAAAACAGCUUUAAUUUUUUUUUCUUAGCCUGCCCCCCUCGCCUGGUGCUUAAUGGGGCUCUGGUGCUGGGGAUGUGAAGGAUGCGGUAAUCCCUCACUAUGAUCUACAGAAGGGGGUGGAGGGGUGAAAAAGCAAGGCGUGCGUCACCGGCAACUACAGGCGAGAGCGCCUCAGUCAUCAAUAACAUCCCGGUCAUCAAUAAGAAACCUGCAUGGAGUUAGUCUGCUUAAUUAAAAAGGCUGCCUCGGCUGGGUUCUGAAUGCAGAUUGUUUGAUCUGAUGACCCCCAAAGGAAGACAUCUGAGGGAAGACUCUGCAGCAUCUCCAUCAGCAGGACAGCAGAACGACCUGGAGAUCACUCCCAUCCUCCAGCGAUGGCCAUCAACACCGAUGCCGCCUUUGGGAAGAGCGCCCUCGGCGAGAGGGAAGUCUCCAACCCGACCGACUUCCAGGACACGGAGAAGCUGCUGAGCGCCCCCACCGCCGAGCCCACCGGGGAGACCAACCUCAAACCGUCCGACUCCUUCUCCCUGAACGUCAGAGGGAGCGUCCGGUCCCUGGACGCGGAGCAGGACGGCCACAGGUCCCCGAUGAARUCGGGCUCCGUCGGGCAGCUGUCCGCCCCACCCAGAUCGGCCUCUCGGAUCAGCCUGGGCCAGCUGGCCUCCCCGGUGCCACCCGGGUCCGCGCCCUCUCUCUACCUCUGGCUGGCGGUGCUGUCCUGCUUCUGCCCCACGGUGCCCCUCAACAUAUGCGCCCUGUGGUACGCGCACGUGUCCAGGUCAGUCCUCCACACAGGAGACACUGAAGGAGCCAAGAAGUAUGGGCGUCUGUCCAUGCUGUUCAGCGUGCUGGCAAUACUGCUGGGUGUGCCUGUGAUCAUCUUCAUAGCGUACACAUUAGAUCAUCGGACAUGAGACGUGGGAUGGAGGCGCCUUUAAGGGAUCUUGGAUUUGCACUGAAGGAGGAAMUGCAAAAGCACAAAAUCUGAGAUGAAACCCGAAAAGAAUCCAUCUUACUGUCCCCGUCUUAYGGACAAACUCAGGAGUCAAGGGACAAUUAAAGGCUGUGCAUUGAUUUARUUUUUAUUUUUAUGUUGGACUGUAAAUCUGUGGAGAAAAUGAACCUGUCGACUAAAGUAGUGGAGCACCGAUUACAUCCCUCCUUYCUUUCACACUCACUAAAAAAAUUUGAAAGCUUUGAAAAGUCACCAUUUUAAAAAAAUGAUCARAUUUAUGGGGUGUGUAAAAACAAUCGACCAAAAAGAGCUUGCUCUAUUUUCCAAAMAACCUGCAACAAUUACUGACAUUUCUCUCUUUGACUCGGGACUCGUGAUGCUGUUUUCGCAGCAUUUACAGGAAGCUUAAAUCACGUAUGCCUUUCUGCUGUCGUAGUGUGGUGUCUUGCUUUGCACGCUAACCAUCCUGACUCCCUGUUUGGACCCUAAAACCUUGCUCUGUUUACAGUGACGAAGCGGACAGUUUCUCUUCCUUGUAUGCACCGAUCUUUCUUGAUGUUUAUGUUUGUACCUUUAUACUGUWUGACUGGUUUUACUGUGCCAUAGUUCUGCAUGUCUGAAAUAAACUUGAAUGAGCAUGA